UCAGGGCGUGUCACGACGGGAGUUGUCAUUAGUGUUUGUGUUUUGCGUUCUGCUUAGAAUUUUUUUGUAUUUUCUCUGAUUUUUCGUGCCACAAACACAAAAUGCCUUCAAAAAGUAGUUUGCUGAUUAUUUGUUCAUCGAUAUUACUUGCCGUGUGCGUGCAACAAGGCCUUUCUAUAAAGUGCUGGGAAUGCAGAUCGGAUGAGGAUCCAAAAUGCGGUGAUCCGUUUGACAAUAGUACACUCUCAAUCACCGAUUGUGCUCAGUCUCCACAAUUGGAGCAUUUGCCUGGAGUCAAAGCAACAAUGUGCAGGAAAAUUCGUCAGAAGGCUCACGGAGCGUGGAGGUACUUCAGAAGCUGUGCUUACAUGGGAGAACCUGGAAUUGAGGGUGAUGAGAGGUUUUGCCUCAUGAGAACGGGCACCUACAACAUCUUCCUCGAGUAUUGUACUUGCAACAGUAAAGAUGGAUGCAACACAGCCAGUGUACCAUCGCUAAAGGUAUCCUUAGGGAUAUUUGCGAUCUUCAUGCCACUUCUCACCUGGAAAUUAGGGUAAAAUUUUUACAAAAAAAUAUCACAUUAUUCACUGUUUAGAAAUAGGGUGCUCUCGAGGAAACAAUUAGUCCAUACACUUUUAGCAAAGACACUUUCGAACUCAGAAUUUUGAAAUUUUGAGAUAGACAUUUUUUCUAAUAUUUUUUUUUUAUAAAAGAGUAUUUUUACUAUUUUUAAAGUGCAUAAAUAAGAAUCAGGUGUAAUUCGAUUGUUAUUUUAUUUUAUAAAACCCAACGGUCCUUAAAGAGUAUAAUAGAAUUUACGAAAUAAGAGUAUUUGACCUAUAUUCGAGAAUCUUUAGAAAAUGGAUAUCCUCAUAAUCCUUAUUUCUUAUUUUUUCUUAUCCUCAAAUCUUCUUUUUUAUUCGCGGAAUCUUAGUAAUUUAUAAAGCUAAGAAAUAAAUAUUCGAAAACAUAAUUAUCGAUUCAUAGAUUUUUGAACCAGUUCACGUUUGUAGUGAAUUCAAAGGCUCUUCAAAAAUAUCCCAUUUUAGUUAAAUGGGCUGAGAAGUACACUCACUAGAGGUAUUAAACUUUUGACCUCGAAAGCUCGAUAAUGAGGAAUAAUUCAAGGUCAUAAAAAUACAUUAAAUAGAUUCAAUUUAUUAACCUAUAAAAAAAAUCGAAAAUGGUCAUAAAUCUCAAGUUACGUCUUUUGAAGGCUAUCUCGAAAACAGAAAUUCAUUAUCCCUCCUUGUUUCGCUUAUUGCUUAAAAUUGAUUAUGAUUAAAACCAGGGGCAUGACAUUUCCUAUAUUUCCCAUAUGUUUCUAGCGAGCCGAAAAAACUUUUGAGUUUAUUAGCUGUUUUCUGUCAUUGUAGAAUGAAUUAGCAAAAAAUACUAAUACAAGAUAAACGCCAAAUUAAUAACGAAGAGGUAACCGAAAACCCUAAAUUGGCAACCUGCGUAGUUUUGGAGAUAUCUCGUGAAAUGCGUACGAAAACAGGGAAAAAAUUACACUAAAACCGGUCGCAUUUUUCAGAGGUAAUGUCACCCCCCUGAUUAAAACUUUAAAAUCGAAAUUUUAAAUUUAAAAUAAAAAAAAAUAUUUAAGUGCGAAGAAAAAGGAAAAUUUCCAUUCUGAAAUUUUGAACAGGAGAGCCUGGCGCAAUAUAAACCGAGACGCACGAAACCAAUUUUAUUUUUUCAUAAUUUCAUUCAUGAAAUACCAGAGAGAUGAUUUUCAAUCAGAACGCUCUUAUAGAAAAUUUUUGUGAUCGGCUUUUCAAGCUACUAUUUUAUGUCUUAAUUCAAACUAUUUUGCAAUUUUUUCUGUGUAUCAGUGAAAUCGAGGGCUUUUUUCCGUACCGAAAAUGUCAGUUAACCCAUUCCUUACCAUGAUAUUAUACAUCAUACGCAAAUUGAGUGAUUUUAGAUGAUUUAUUCCAGGGCAAUUGAUAUUCGAGUUUCUGUCGGGAAUGAAUUUUUAGUUACUUUAGUCCUUCAAUUACUUGGAAAAAAUAGCCCGAGAGAGAUGGGAAUACAUUUCGUUCCUUGGAAAUUAUAAGGGGCCAACUCACUUUUUGGCAAUUUUGAGAUUUUAAUGCACUCAGACAGAGAAUUUAAUAAAAUUUCAGAUGAUAUGAGUCAAUAAAUUUCGUUAUUAGAAAAGUUUUUCAAAAUUUUACUAUUUAUGAUUGCUUGCGCGGUUUUGUUUGAAGUCAAGGGGCACAAAAUAGAUUUAUCGUUCAAAUUUUUGUGAAACAAGGGACUAACUCAAGCAAGUUGAUCCCGUGUCAUUCUAAUUUUUCAUGAAAAUUUGCGCAUCAUUUAGAAUGACAAAGAGCUAACUCAUAAAAAAACAUAUUUUGAAAGAUAAAAAUAUGUAUGUUUCGAUGUUUAUAAUAAUGCUCAUACAAAUAGAAAAGAAUUAAUUUGUUUUUAUUAACAUACUUAAUUGAGAUAAUUAUUUAUACAAAGUUGAAUCUUUCAUGCUGUCUCCUGAAAAAUGGCUCAGAUUGAGUUGGCCCCUUGUAAUUUCCAAGGAGCGAUUUUAUUGUUCUUUUUUCGCUUCACGUGAAGUCAUGCAAAAAUUUUGCUCAAAAUGGAGGACGGAAAAUGCGACAUCUCGUCGAAUUUGUUAAAAUUGACCUUCAUCCUCUUUCCUGAUUUGAAUUCUGGUUGCCAAUGUGUUUUCUUGGAUAGUUACUCUAUCUAAAUCAAUAGAGUUUGUAAUAAAUUGAUGAACUGAAUUUAAAAUUCAGUGACCGUUACGACGCGUGUUUGAGGGCGGCUCCCCGCGCCCCAUAAUGGAUAAAAAUUAUUGCUUUUCAAAAAAAUCAUCUAUUAACCUGUAGGAAACUAAUCCCAAAAUAUGAAAAUUCUAUCUCAAGUAUUUCUGGUACAUUGACUGAAUGGGUUAAAACGGAAUUUCGUGUAGGCCCUCUGUUUUCGAGAAAUGAACUUCUAAUGCAAAUUAUCAAAUUCAUGAAUUAGAGCAUUCCAAAGAUUCUUUUAUUUGUUAGUUGCCCUUUUGAGUGCAGAAAUGAUCAAAUCAUAGGGCCAAUUUUUGAAACUCACUCGUACUCGUCAGCUCUUUAGUGGAUGAGAGAAAUCCACUCGCACACCCCGCAGAUUCUUGACUACGUGCAACGAGUACUUUAUGUUAUAAAGGAGUCUUUACGGAAGGAUUUGAAUCUGCGAGGUGUGCGAGUGGAUUUCUCUCGGUCACUAAAAAGCUCACGGAUGCGAGUGGAAAAUUUCAAAAAUUGGCCCUAAGUAUUCGUAAUGUUAGUAUUGUCAGUUUCAAGAUUGUGUCUCUGAUAUAAUGGUCAUACAGUGCCAUCUGCAACUGUGUUCGUGUAUUAACCGAGAGCACCCUCUGCAAAAGAACUACAGUGCUUCUAAAAGUAUUUUCUAAAAGACAAAAAUAGUGCCUUGCAUUAUCUCACUUUUCCAUGAGAAUCUCAAAUGUAACCCCAGCCGUCCAAUUUUGUACUUUUUUUCUAGAAGGGGUCGAGAAAAAACACCGAAUAAUUUUUGUAAUUAUUUUUAAUAGUGAGUUUUUCCCUUUUUUUUUUAAUAAUGUCAAAAGCAGUUUUACAUACAAUAAUAUAAAUUUAAAUUGAUUUGGAA